CUCCUGAGUGUGUCAGUGUGUCGGGCUCCUGUUUGUUAUCAUGAAGUAGGACGCGGACUCAUCCACAGCGGCUAAAACCGGCGGAAACUUUCUGCUUUUACACCCCGAAAAAAACCUUCACCGCAACUACCGAAUCACACAAAUAAAAGUGAUUUCUCCGGAGAGUAAACGUCCGGGAAAAAGAUGAAGUAUGUGUAACGUAAACCGGGAUAUAGCUGCGUGCCAACCCGACGACGCUUUCGUGUUCACCGGUUUAUCCACAAGUUGAGUUCCCAGCACUGCCAUGGAUGCUGAGGGGUACAAACAUGAUGCACAUUACACAGAAGCAGAGAGCCGCUGGCAUGUGAGGCAGAAAUCAGCAGAUCUGGAUCAGAGGAGCAGAGAUGGCGAGGGCUGGAAGCUGGUGGAUGUAUAUCUGUCAGGAGGAGCACCGUGGGGAUUUACGCUCAGAGGGGGGCUGGAGCAUCGAGAACCUCUGCUCAUCACCAAGGUGGAGGAGGGCAGCAAGGCAGCAGCUGUGAGUCUCCAGGUGGGAGACGAGCUUGUCAACAUCAACGAGAUUCCCCUGAGUGGCUACAGACAGGAGGCGAUCUGCCUCGUCAAAGGCUCCCACAAGACCCUUAGUCUGGUGGUGAAGAGGCGGAACGAACCCAUAAGCAGGCCUCACUCCUGGCACUCCACCAAGUUCAACGAGAACCAAUCAGAGACUGCCAAAACGCAGUCUCCACCCACGCAAGUCUGGCACACCAGAUAUGAUGCAAGCUCGUCAUCCACUGACCUCUCCUCUGGCUGGGAGCAAACAAAUCUGCGCAGAGUGUCCGACCAGUUCAGCUCCCACGGCAGCAUGGACAGUCUAGAGCAUGUCUCACACCCGUACCCCGCUGGUCAGCUGUCACCUGCCAAGUCCAACAACAGCAUGGAGCAUCUCGGAGGAGGGAAACGAGACUCGGCCUACAGCUCCUUCUCCACCAGCUCGGGCACGCCAGACUACACCCUGUCAAAGAGCAACGCCGCCUCCACGGAGAACAUGCUCUAUAAAGUCAGUCAGUGGGACGCAGGAGGAAAGCACAACAGAAACAGCCAGAGUCUGAUUGAAGGCGUCAAACAGGACGACAGGGUGGCGUACUUCCAGAUGCCAGGAGUCAACUCAGGCUGCGCGGGUCCACAGGCUGAGGACUCGGCCGGCUCCCGCCACUCUACAUCAAGUAGAACCAGCUUAGGGCCUGUUUGGCACGUCCCAGAAAAAAAGAAGACUUCUUCCCCCUCUCCUCCUCCUCCUCCACCUGCACGCAGCGACAGCUUUGCUGCGACAAAAGUGCAUGAAAGGGGGCUCGUUAUAGCCGAAGGACCUGAUUCACACGCACCCUGUAAGACUUCUGCAGAAAACCGCCGCAGCCUCAACCCGCCCCUGAAAAAUGACAGUGACGGUUUUUACACCUCAUCAGAUAAAUCGAACCAGUUCAGCUCGAACAAGCAGUACUCCCUGUCCAGCAGCGAUGUUCGACAAGGCCAGCCCCACCAUCAGAGACACCACAGUGACAAAAGCACUUUUUAUUCUCAGCCCUGGGCGAUGUCCGUACCAAAGCCACAGAGCGUAGGUGGCUACUAUUGUAGCAUGCAGGAACUGCCAACUAACGGCUCUGCACAGCAGUUUGGCCAGAACCAGAGAAGGAACUUAAGCACCUCCGUGUCUACUGCAGCCACCGACCAAAACACAGACACAGGCGGACAAAGCCGGUACUACUGUGUCACGACGUGUCAGCCGGCGCAGCAGAACCCCCAACCAAUGUCGGGAAAAUCAGAGGACAGGAGGAGCACCACGGGCGUGGAGCAGACUGUGAGUGAGCGUAACUCUCUGAGCCCGCAGACAGUCACGAAAGUGAAAUAUCAACUGCCCCAACAGCAGCAACACUCCUCUCAUAGUAAAGACAGUAACGGAUACAACAAGCACCAAGUUCCUACUGUUCCAGAAACCUCCAAAUCCAGCUCUGAUGAUAGGGGAAGCCAGAGAGGACAAAACGCAGACGCUCAGUUCAUGAGUUAUCCUCCCAGCAGACACUCUGAUCACCGGCGGUCUCUGCCUCUGCAACAGUUACCCCAAGACACGAGACAUCAAGUCAACAACAAGAUCUGCCCGCAGGCGACCCCCAUGCUUCACUCUCUGUCCCUGGACGCCGCCGGCCAAGAUGACAAAACAAGAGGCGCAAACUCUGAGGAGUCCCUCGAAAGCAAGCAGAUGAGACGCAGCGAUCGUUUCGCCACCACGUUAAGGAACGAAAUCCAGAUGAGGAGAGCAAAGCUGCAGAAAAGCAUGAGUGCAGCCGCUCUUCCUGGCACUGAGGGGGAGGCUGAAGAUCAGGAUGUCUGGAAGUCCACUGAAAGCUCCACGCCGACCUCUGCAGACGGCUCCUUCACCAACUCCUACAAGGAUAAUCUGAAGGAAGCACAAGCGAGGGUGCUGAAGGCGACGUCCUUCAGGAGGAAAGAUCUGGUGUUACUGGAGCACCCUGCCGCUGAGGCAUUACCCAACUACCCGUCAUCAGCGCUGGCGAGGAAAGACCUCACCCCUCUGCCAACUGUCUCAGAGUCCGUGAUGAGUAAGUCGGGGCCUGCUGGCGGUCAGGUAACGCGCAUCGGUGGUCGUAAGCGAUUUCCCACUGAAAAGAAAGUGCGGUCUUUCUCUGAACCAGAUAAAAUCCACGAAGUCGGGGUGAAGGAAGAUCUCCCUUGCAAUGAGAACUCCUCAUUGGACCAAAAGAAGCUCAAAGAAAGCGGGAAAGCAGCUUUCCCUAAUCACAUUCCCCCUCCAAGCUACAACGAGAACCCUGCAGAGACAAAACCCCGAGGUGUUGUCUCCACCAGUGAGACAGAGGACACAGUGAAAGGCAUCAGGAGCAGAGAGUACACAGAGGAGGUCCAGGGAGGUCCGUACUCUGCACAGAAGAACGUCCAAGACCAGCAAAGACUGGGAACCUUCGCUGAGUACGAGGCCAGAUGGAGUACACAAAAACCUCCUCCAGAAACGAGAGCUUCCGGACGGUACCACUCAGCUGAUAACAUCCUGGAUCCAGGACCAGAGGAGCGAACCAAAACCACCUGCUUCCACGAGAGAUCCCGGUCAUCGCCUUCAGCUGACUUCUAUGGACAGAAGAUUCAAGUUCCUGCAAGAAAGUCUGAACCAGGAUUUUCCCAGACAGAGAGUAAACCUGCUGAACAGCUCAGCGCUGCCACAGGGUACUCUGACAGAGGCCCCGGCGACUGUAAAGUGAGAGAAAAAGAGUUUGAGCAUUACCCAGCGCCACCCCCUCCGCCCAUGAACCCAGGAAGCAACCCUGACUGCAGACACAGAGCUGCCACCGUGAACCACAGACCCACUAUCUCUCACAGUGUCGCAGAGUCCGCCCUGCCUCAGCCCGAGGAGCAGAGCCACGCCGAGCUGCCGUCUGGGCCGAGGAGAAAGCCCUCUGCCCCGGAGAAGCCUCCCCCACCCAAAUGCCCAGAGGUCGACUCCCACGAGUCCACCGGUUCCCAGAGUGAAAUCUUCACCCACUGCUCUCCCAACCCGAACUCCGCCUUCGUCCCCACCCACCCUGCAAAGGGAGAUUCAGAGCAGGGCAAAGGACUUGUGGACAAAGGACAAGGGGUCCAUCUAUCAACGUCCAAUCCUCAGCCUGCGUCCUCUCCCCCGGCGUCCUCCCACAGAGCUCCAGGGCCGGCCACCAUGGAGGGGCAGCGCUGUCCAUCUCCACAGUUCUCCCCGCAGAGACUCAGCGACAAGCCUCCGGUCUCUCUGCAGGAUGAAGACUCAAACAGGAUGGAUCAGGUGAUUGAACACCAACACCCUGCAGUGAAAAAAGUGCCCAUCAGGAUUGUCCACACAGAGGGAGUCACGGAGAAGGAGAAUCAUCCAUAUUUGCAGCACAGCGACCCUCCUGCUGAAGCUGAGGGUCCCGGUGUGACCAGGCUCGGCAGUCUGGGCUCCGCAGGGCAGGACUCAGUCUUCUGUGCGUUUUCUCGACAGCCCGACGACACGUACAUGACCACCGUCGGAGAUCACAUCAACUCUAACAGUCAGCAGCCGGCAGACGAGUCCAGCGGCACCAGGGCGACGGUCACCGCGGGGCUGUCUGACGAGGAUCAGAAGAGAGAGGAGCUGGCCAGAGACAUCAUGGGGAAGGAUAAAUCACUCGUUGAUAUUCUGGACCAGAGCAAGAUGAAGACCACCAUGGACUUGAUGGAGGGAAUCUUCCCUCAGGGGGAGCAGCUGUUGGAGGGAGCUCACCAGCGCAGGAAGGCGCCGACGAAACAGACAGUCAGCCGCCCCGCGGAGGAAAGGGAAAAGGAGGACAGUUUGGCAGCUGUCACCAUGGUAACCAGCUCUACAUAUUACAGCACAUCUGCUCCCAAAGCUGAGCUCCUCAUUAAGAUGAAGGACAUGCAGGAGCAGGAGGAGGAAGACUCUGAAGACGAACUGGACAUUGACCUGGCCAACAAGAAGCAAGAGCUGAUCGACAGCCUCAGCAGGAAGCUUCAGGUGUUGCGCGAGGCCCGGGAGAGUCUUCAGGAGGACGUCCUCGACAACAACGCUCUGGGAGACGAGGUGGAGGCUCAAGUCCAGCAGGUCUGCAAACCCAACGAGCUGGACAAGUUCAGGAUGUUCGUCGGGGAUCUGGACAAGGUGGUGAGUCUGCUGCUGUCCCUGUCGGGCCGCCUGGCCAGAGUGGAAAACGCCCUCAACAGUCUGGAGGAGGACGCCACAGCUGGGGAGAGGCGUACGCUGAUCGAGAAGAGGAAGCUGCUGAUUCGACAGCACGAGGAUGCGAAGGAGCUGAAGGAGAACCUGGACCGCCGGGAGCGCGUGGUUUACGACAUCCUGGCCAGCCACCUGCAGGAGGACUGCCUUACAGACUACGAGCACUUUGUCAAGAUGAAGUCUGCGCUCAUCAUCGAGCAGCGCAAGCUCGAGGACAAAAUCAAACUGGGCGAGGAGCAGCUCAAGUGUCUGACGGACAGCCUGCCCAUAGAGCAGAGGCUCGCCUUGUGAAGCUGCCGGACGCUGUCGGUGCUGAAGACUCUGAGUUGCUGUUGAGACUCGUGUCCAACAGAGGGAGACAGAGAUGAAGACUCUGCAGAGACAAACAGCCAUUUUUUUUUAGCUCUGUGGUGAAGUCUCAUCUGAGCUCGUCUUCCUGCUUCACUUCGUCCUCUCAGACCGGCAGCAUCCAUCAGUAACUCGUGUGUGAAAGAUGCUGCUCUCCCUGGCAUCAACCAACCACUGUAUCUAAUGUCUUUCACGCCAUUUUUGCUUUGUUUUUAUUUUUAUUUUUUCUAGUAAUUUAUUGUAGCCUUUUGAAUCUGUGCAGGAGGGGACAGUAUUUUAUCUUCACUGAUUUGAGCAGCUGUGCCACCUGAUGUGUGGCACACGCUGAGGAGUAUUUAUCAUGUUUGAAUAAUUUCACAAACUCUUUUCACGUAACUCAUCGAAUCUGGCCGAAUAUCUCAGUAAACACAAAGUUCUGCGUUAACGUUUCUAUAUGAACUAGUGGCCUUUAACCAAGAUUUUUGUGCCGGCACUUUGCUCACUGAAGAAUCUUUUCUUCUGCAAUAAUCGGACAGGGCAUUGUAUGUUUCUGCAAACUAUGUUACAUUUGCACAUUUCACAUGUAGCAUUUUGAAGUUCCUUAAGUGACGUCGUCUUUGAGCAGAUCAAGAAACAACAAAAUGACUUAUGAUUUAGCAACCUGAGGCUGUGUCUCUGCCAAAUUUUAAGGCACCAAACGUGUUUUUUAGUGACACUGCUGCGUUUCUGCUGGCUUUUUGUAUCCAAACAAGUGUUUUUUAGUGAUUUGUUUUCACUGAUUCCACUGGUGUUUAGGCACAAAACAGGAGUGUGUUUUUGUGACACUUUUGUGUCGUUCGGCACCAAAUGUGGCUGUUUUUUAAUGACCUGUCGCAGUGUUUUUACCGGCUUUUUAGGCACCAAACAUGAGUGUUUUAAAACAACCUUUCACUAUGUUUCCAGCAGCUUUUUCGGCACCAAAUAGGGGUGUUUUUGGCAACACUUCACCUUGUUUCCAUCCACUUUUUAGGCUUUUUAAGCACCAAAUGUGGAUGUAUUGUAGCAGCCCAUCCCUGUGUUUCCACUGGAUUUUGAGUGUUUUGUAGUGACACUUGGUUGUUUUUCCAUCGGCUUUUAAGGAACUAAACAAAACUUUCUGAGUGACCAUCACUGUGUUUCCAUCAGACUGUAGGCCCCAAAAGCUUUUUAAUGACACUUUGCUGUUUCCACUAACUUUUUAGGCAUUAAACGUGGGGGUUAUUUAACGACACUUGACUGUGUUUCCACCAAAUUUUGAAGCACCACAAGUGUUUUUAGUGACCUGUCACUGUGUUUUCACUGGCUGUUUAGACACUAAACAGGAGUGUUUUUUUGUGAUUCAUCACUGUGUUUCAAGCAGCUUUUUAGGCACCAAACAUAUAUGUUUUUCCAUCAG